AUGGUGUCGUCGGCGCCCCCGAAGAAGCUGGACGAGCUUCCAGACGAGAUCCUGCUGCGCGUUCUUUCCUUCCUAGAGCCCUACGACUUCCCCGGUUUGCAGCUCGUAUGCCGAAAGCUCCAGAAGAUUUCCCUCGACAACAAUCACUGGCGAUCGAGAACCUUUGACGAGUCGCCAUUUUCAGAGGCUUUACAAAGACGGCGGCGCAUCACUUCCUUUGGUGACGACGACAUCACUGACUACCCUCUCUUCAGCAACGCUGCCGUACAACUGAGUCAAGAAGAAGAUGGUGACACAGAACCGGACCCCCUCUUCUACGAUGAGGAGACACAGGAACAGCGCAAGCUACAGCGGUACAAGGACAUGGCGAAUUGGGACCCCUCGUUUCCGACAGAGCCGGUCUUUUGGUAUAACGAGUACAUACAACGGUAUGCGCCGAUAGCGACAAGUUGGCUACAGCAGCCCAAAAUCCGAGACGGGACCGAGGAAGAUACGCUGGAUGUCCGAGGGAUGGCUCUGUACAGCCCGAAUAGAGAAACCGACGAAUUACUUGUGGUGUCGCCAUUGGACGACGGCUCCAUGUGCUUGUGGGACGUGAAGGGUACUAGGGGUCAGAAGGGUGCCACCAUCGCCAAAAGCUCAGCGGGCAUCUUAUAUCUCGACGGACCACAGACAAUGGGUAGAUCACGCAAGAUCGAUACCGGAGUGACAGAAUGCGUUAGCGUCGACAGCUUCUCUGACAAGGCCUUUGUCGCCGUACAGGGCCACCUGCUAGAGGUGGAUCUCAACCGUCUCGAGGUCGUUGGCGAACAAACAUUCGAAUGGUCCAUCACAGCCCUUUCUUCCGCCGCCCCAGGCUUGCCCUUGACCGUAGGAACCUCUUUGGGAAUCCAUCUCUACGACUAUAGGGCGCGAGUCAGGUCGCCAAGUGAGAUCAUCGACAGGAUAGAUGUGCUAGCGGUCGAGUCGCCAAGUGGGUUCUUCCAGCGUAGGCGAGGCAGCGUUUUCGACGAUCCGCUGCCGCCUUAUGCUCCUUUAUCACAACCUACGCCAUUGAGCAUUCUGCACCUGCCAAAUGCUUGCGAUGAGUACUCCUUCUCGGACGACAUCUAUGUCGCAGGUCGCUUCUCCAACAUCCUGCACUACGAUAGGCGCACAUUUCCUUCAAUCAUGGGCUCGAUUCAUUCGGGAGCUCGACUGGCUAGUCUCGCGUCUCUGCCGUACCCAUUCUCCACACUUGAUAGCGAGACACGUCGUAGGAGCGACUUGUCCGUUGAACAAGUAAUGGAGUCGAAGACGAGGGAAGGAGGCCGGACAUUGAUCGCCGGAGGCGAGUACAACACCAAGGGUUCUUUGGAGUUGUACGGCUUGUGCCCACGGCCAGGAGGUUCGUCUGCAGAUCUCAUGCAGAACUCCACCAUGAAGAAUCGUCAGACGUCCUCCCAGUCCAAGAUUCUCUCUGUCGCCAACCAGGGUACUCGCAUCGUAUUUUCGGAUGGGUCGGGACUUCUCAAGUGGUUCGAGCGCGAUGGCUUCACUGAGGUGAGACGGCACAAGAUCGGACACAGCGAGGUGGAUGAGCGUCCAUCUCUAUUCGCCUCUAUGCCUGGUUCUGAUGACCUCGCGAGGAAGAUCCUGUCGACGCAAACGCGUGGCGGACAAGAUAAUGUUAACGAUGAUGACAUACUAUUCUGGACAGGCGAGAAGCUGGGCCUCGUCAGCUUCUCCGGCAAGCCUGGGUUUACCGCAAGCGACUUUGAACAGCCAGAGCCCAAGUCAGAGGAAGAGGCAAGAGUAGAAGAGGCCGAGAAAGAGUAUGGCGAGAGGAUGAGGAUGGCUCUGGAGCGACAGGCCGACGACGUUCGUUUCGGUAUCUCACGACGUCCCAAGGACAAAUCCGCAAAGACUGGCCCCGCCGGACCGUCCGGAGGGGCUGGCGGCGGCAAGCCCAAGAAGGCCACAUACGAGGUCACGAAGAAGAAGGAGAUUGGCGUUUCGGAUCUUACGUUGCUCAGUAAGGUGUCCAACGAAGCCAUUAACGACAAUCUUAAGAAGCGAUUCGAGGGCCAGGAGAUCUAUACCUACAUCGGCCAUGUGUUGGUGUCAGUCAACCCCUUCCGGGACCUGGGUAUCUACACCGACCAGGUACUCGACAGCUACAAGGGCAAGAACCGUCUCGAGAUGCCCCCGCACGUCUUCGCUAUUGCCGAAUCUGCGUACUACAACAUGAAGGCGUAUCAAGAUAACCAGUGUGUCAUCAUUUCCGGAGAGUCAGGUGCUGGCAAGACGGAAGCCGCCAAGCGGAUCAUGCAGUACAUCGCCAACGUUUCAGGAGGAGAGUCGGGCGACAUCAAGCAGAUCAAAGACAUGGUGCUGGCAACCAACCCGCUACUGGAGUCUUUCGGCAACGCAAAGACUUUGAGGAAUAACAACUCGUCGCGUUUCGGCAAGUAUUUGCAGAUUCACUUCAAUGCGCAGGGUGAACCCGUCGGUGCAGACAUCACCAACUACCUUCUCGAGAAGUCGAGAGUCGUCGGCCAGAUUACCAACGAGCGAAACUUCCACAUCUUCUACCAGUUCACCAAGGGAGCUUCCCAGAACUACCGACAGCAGUUCGGCAUCCAGACACCCGAGACGUACGUCUAUACUAGCAGAUCGAAGUGCCUCGAGGUCGACGGAAUCGACGAUUUGGCCGAGUUCAACGAUACGCUCGAGGCUAUGAGAAUUAUUGGUCUUAGCCAAGGCGAACAAGAUGAGAUUUUCCGCAUGCUGUCUGCUAUUCUAUGGGCUGGCAAUAUUCAGUUCCACGAAGGCCAGGACGGAUACGCCGCAGUUAGCGACCAGUCGGUAGUGGACUUCCUGGCAUACCUGUUGGAGGUGACGCCCGAGCAGCUCAUCAAGGCUAUCACCAUUCGCAUUCUCACUCCGCGAAACGGCGAGGUCAUCGAGUCACCGACGAACCCGGCUCAGGCAGCCGCCACACGAGACGCCCUCUCCAAGGCCAUCUACAGCAACUUGUUCGACUGGAUCGUUGAGCGUGUCAAUAAGUCCCUUAAGGCGAAGCAGGCCACAAGCAACAACAUCGGUAUUCUCGAUAUCUACGGCUUCGAGAUUUUCGAGAAGAACAGUUUCGAGCAGCUUUGCAUCAACUACGUCAACGAGAAGCUGCAACAGAUCUUCAUUCAGUUGACGCUGAAGGCCGAGCAGGACGAGUACGCACGCGAACAGAUUCAGUGGACACCUAUUAAGUACUUCGACAACAAGAUCGUGUGCGACCUCAUCGAGGGUAUCCGCCCUCCUGGUGUCCUCUCCGCCAUGAAGGACGCUACCAAGACAGCCCACGCGGACCCUGCUGCAUCUGACCGAACCUUCAUGCAGAGUAUUAACGGCAUGUCCAACCCUCAUUUGACCCCUCGUCAAGGCAGCUUCAUCAUCAAGCACUAUGCUGGUGACGUAGCUUACACGGUGGACGGAAUUACGGACAAGAACAAGGAUCUGCUGCUGAAGGGAUUGCUCAACCUCUUCUCUGGCAGCAGCAACCGCUUCGUCCACACCAUCUUCCCUAACCAAGUCGACCAGGAUAACCGCAAGCAGCCUCCUUCCGCCGGUGACCGUAUCAGGGCCUCCGCGAAUGCGCUGGUUGAAACUCUCAUGAAGUGCCAGCCUUCUUAUAUCCGAACCAUCAAGCCUAACGAGAACAAGUCGCCCUCCGAGUACAACGUCCCUAACGUCCUUCAUCAAGUCAAGUACCUUGGUCUUCAGGAGAACGUUCGCAUUCGUCGUGCUGGAUUUGCCUACCGUCAAACAUUUGAGAAGUUUGUGGAUCGAUUCUUCUUGCUUUCUCCUGCGACUUCAUACGCCGGCGAGUACACCUGGCAAGGAUCGUACCAGGAUGCAGCCAAGCAGAUUCUCAAGGACACCAGCAUUCCCAAGGAAGAAUGGCAGAUGGGAACGACAAAGGCCUUUAUCAAGUCACCCGAGACCCUCUUUGCGCUUGAGCACAUGCGAGACCGGUACUGGCACAACAUGGCCACCCGUAUUCAGCGCAUGUGGCGCGCGUACUUGGCCUACAGAGCUGAGUCUGCUACUCGUAUCCAGCGUUUCUGGCGUAAGAAGAGAACCGGAGCUGAGUACCUGCAGUUGCGCGACCAGGGUCACAGGGUUCUCCAGAACCGCAAGGAGAGAAGGAGGUUCAGUCUGCUCGGCUCCCGAAGAUUCUUGGGUGAUUAUAUGGGAAUCAACGCUUCAAUGGGACCUGGCUCGCAGAUUCGAAACGCCAUCGGCAUCUCCAACAACGAGAAGGUUGUCUUCUCUUGCCGCGGAGAGAUCCUGGAGGCCAAGUUUGGCCGAUCCAGUAAGCCGAGUCCCCGUAUCCUGAUUGUCACCAGCAGCAAGUUCUACAUUGUUGCUCAGAUGCUUGUCAAUGGCCAGCCUCAAAUCUCCGUUGAACGCUCGAUGCCUCUUGGUGCCAUCAAGUUCAUUGGAGCUUCCUCAGCUCGUGAUGACUGGUUCUCUUUGGGUGUGGGCUCGCCCCAGGAGGCUGAUCCUUUGUUGAACUGCGUCUUGAAGACCGAAAUGUUCACGCAAAUGCAGCGUGUGAUGCCUGGCGGCUUUAAUCUCAAGAUUGGUGAAGUGAUUGAGUACGCAAAGAAGCCCGGCAAGAUGCAAACGGUCAAGGUCCUCAAGGACUCUCAGCAGGCUGUGGACUUCUACAAGAGCGGUGGUGUACACACUCAACCGGGCGAGUCUCCAUCGUCUGUCUCCAAGCCGACACCCAAGGGCAAGCCUGUUGCCGCUCGACCCAUUACCCGUGGCAAGCUCAUCAAGCCUGGUGGCCCCAACGGUAGACCCUCUCGGCUGACAAACACCAACCGGACUCCUCAGCCUCGACCUGCUGCUUCUUCUGCAAGAUCGGUUCCUCAACCUCCUGCUGCCAUCAGCUCAGCCAAGACUGGACCAUUUGGACGUCAACAACCACAAGCCGCCGCCGCUGCCGCUUCAAUUCCUUCACAUACCAGACAGCAAUCAUCAACUUCUGCAGCGACCAGAAUGCCUCCUCCCCCACCCCCCGCUGCGCCCCCCGCCAAGGCCAAGAUCAUGGCCAAGGUCCUGUACGACUUCGCUGGUCAGAAGGAGAACGAGUUGACGGUCAGAGCCGGUGACUUGAUCGAGGUUGUCCAGAAGGAGAACAACGGUUGGUGGCUCGCGAAGAAUGGUGGCGCUCAAGCCUGGGUUCCUGCCGCCUACGUUGAGGAGCAGGCUCCCGCGCCCGUCGUGGCUCCUCGCCCGCCCCCUCCCCCUCCUUCGGCCAACGGAGCGGCCGCCCGUGGCAAGCCGACUCCUCCUCAGCCGCCCAUGAAGCGACCCGCUGCUGGACGCAAGCCGGCCGUUGCUCAGCCGCGCGACUCGGGCUUGAGCCUCAACGGAGCUAGCGGCUCCGACAACAGCCGUAGCAACACCCCGACUCCCAGCUUGGGCAACAGCUUGGCGGAUGCUCUGCUCGCUCGCAAGAACGCGAUGCAGAAGAAGGACGAUGAUGACGAUUGGUAA